UAGUCAAAGGACAUUUAACGAGUUGCCCUGGACGUCGCCCUGGAACGUUCUAGACGUCGUUUCGGUCGUUACGAUUCGCCGACUUGGAAAUCAGACACUUAGAGCUGAAAAUUUCCGCUUUCAAAAAGACAAUCAAUUUCCUCAGACAGAGCACACGGUAUCUCAAAAAGCAACCCUUUCAACCUUAACCGAACGCGUGGCACGGAAAGUGUCAUUUCUUCCUGAGUUAUCAUCACAGUUUGAAAUCAUAGUAUUCACAAUCCAUUCCACUAUCUACAGUUGCCUGCAAAGUCUCAGUAUUGUGCAUGUCCUCGGUCUUGCAUCGGGCGGGCAAAUUGUGUCACAGAUUAUCACCAGACUCUGCAAUGGAAAAAGGCCAAAGACUCUGCAGGUCCCUGUAAUUACCGCUUUAACUUGGCCUGUCGCUUCUACUGGCGCGCAGUCUGUGUCUAUAGAACUCUAUAAACCCGCUCGGCUGGGUCCAUUCACAUACAACGAACAUAUCUAGCGAGCUGCACAGAGCGCAUAGCCGCAGUGGUGGCGUCGAGCUCUCCCACCGGAUUCGGGCAAUCUGGCCCGGGUUCUUGGCUCAGCAGCCCGCGGCGCUUUUAAAGAUAUGCGCACACUAACGUACGCCCACUCUUAAGGAUGCGCUCCAAUUUUCAGCGAAAGCCCUCCUAAGCGCAAGACAAUGCCCGCAUUCCUGCGAAUUUUUGGCUGCCUGAGGCCCAGCCCUGAAGAGCAGUCAAACGCGACAAAGCCAGAGCCGGAGCGCCUGGAUGGCUCGUCAGGGGGCUUGGCGACCGGGUCGCCCAAUGCGCUCGCGGUUCUGACGAAGGCCGCGGUCGCGCCAGCAGUGGAUGUCCUUCCGCCAACACCCAAAGAGCUGGAUGCGGCGCUUUACCGGGCAAGCCAGACGGGGCGGUGCUCGGUCACUUUGGCUCAAGGAGAGAAGAGGUCCAAUGUGGAGUACACCACCGCGGACCAGCUGGUGAAGGACGUGCUGGACCUCCGAUGGCUCGGCCAAGGCGCCCAGGGUGUGGUGUACGAGGGCGUGUGGCAGGGCGCCACCGUGGCCGUCAAGUUCAGCAUCGUGGAGGACCUGGACACCACUGCCUACGAGCUGCUGUUCAGCCGACUGCUGUGUCACCCCAAUGUGGUCACCACAUUCGUGGCCAAGGUCGCUGUCCUGGACGAAAAGACCAUCCACCCGCCCCAGUCACUGGAACAGGCCAACGGCGUCUGCAGCGGCUACCCGCCCAGCCGCAGCCUCAGUCGCCAACACGCACCGACGCUGACCCACGCUCAGCAGCAGCAGCAGCAGGUCUCGACUGUGGCAAGCGUCACGUCCUCAGCGCUCUACUCCCCCACGCACGCCUUCAAGAGCGGUCGUGGGAGCACCAGCAACAAGCCCGGCAACGGCAACGGCAACGGCGACAGCCCCCAGGCGCCGGCGUUGCCGCCAAGCCCCAUGACCGCCGCCACCGCCGCCACAGCUGGCAAUUCGCCCGUGCCGCCUCACAUGCACCUGCUGCAGCACCAGAGCAGCUCCAACCUCACCGCCCAAAGCAGCGGCCGCUGCAACACCAACAUUAACACCAACACCAACAACACCAACACCAACACUAACACUAACACCAGCACCAACACCAACGGCAGCAGCGCCGCCGCCGCCGGCUCCAACCACCAGCACUUGCCGCUGAUGCUGACGACGGCGCCCAACCUGCCGCACGCCGGCGGCGGCGGCGGCGGCGGCUCCGCCGCCACCAGCGCCGCCGCCGCCGGCUUUGCCGGCGGCCUGAUCGGCUCUGAUGCGGUUAACGCGUCGCCGCCCACUCCACAGACCUACUCGCAGCCCGUGCACCAACUCAGCCGCAUGUCGUCAUCGCGCUCCGGCGCCCUUGCCGGCGGCGGCAGCUGCCACGCAGCCGCGCUUGCACAGCAACAACAGCAGCAACAGCAGCAGCACCAGCAGCAGCAGCAGCAGCAGCAGCUGCAGCCGCUGCAGUCGGGCCUGGCGUCUGUGACUUCAGGCAGCGGUCUGACGGGGCUGGGGCUCGCGGCGCGUGGCGACUCGUUCCACAGCGACGACGGCUUUGGCGACCCCUUCGGCCGCCGCGCCACUUUCACGGAUGUACGGCAGGUCCUGGCGUCCAUGGGCGCCAAGCCGGGGCACUUCAUCGCGCAGAUGGUGAUGGAGCACUGCGACCACGGCUCGUUGCACGCCGCCAUACAGCGCGGCAUCUUCAAGCCCACCAGCCGCUGGGGAGCCAAGCUGGCGCUGCGGGCGCUCAUCCGCACGGUGCGCGAGGUGGCGCAGGGCAUGUUCCACCUGCACUCCAACAACGUGCUGCAUGGGGACCUCAAGCCCGCCAACGUGCUGCUGAUCAACAGCCGCAAGGACCGGCGCGGCUACGUGGCCAAGGUGUCAGACUUUGGGCUGGCGCAGUUCUGUGGCGCCGCGCAGGGACACAUCAGCAACGCGCCCUGGGGCACGCUCGUGUACAUGGCCCCUGAGCGGCUGCUGUUUGGCCAGCUGUUCCCGGCCAGUGACGUGUACGCCUUCGGAGUCAUGCUGUGGGAGAUGUACCACGGCGCUCGGCCGUACGAGGGAAUGCACGCGGCGCAGAUCGUGAUGGCGUGUGCGCAGGGCACCGCAUGCCUGGAGUGGGCGCCGGACGCCUGCCCCGACCUGGUGGCCAUCAGCCGCGCCUGCACCGCGCAGUCCCCCCACGACCGGCCCUCCUUCGAGAGCCUCAUGGGGCAGCUGGCGCAGCUGGAGGCGCGGGUGCGGCUGGAGAGCGGCAGCAGGCAGAGCCUCAGCAUCAGCAGGGCACCUAGCAGGCAAGCGAGUCGCCUGUCGGUGGACGUGACCUUCGCCGCGGCGGCCGCCGCCGAGGCGGCGGCAAUGCGGCACAGUGUGACCGCCGCCGCCGGGCACCGCAUGUCGCAGGACUCAUUCGCCUACCCAGCAAGCCGCCGUACCAGUCAAGACUUCGGAACCUCUUCCGGCGCCAUCGUCGCCGCGGCCGGCGGCGGCAUGGGUGGCGGCGCCGCCGGCCCCGCCCUCGUGCCCGUCACGGUCAUCCGAAACGGCGCCGCCGCCGCCAUGCCGCCGCCGCCGCUGCUGCAGCCGCUGGCGGGGGGCGGCGGAGGCACCGCCGGCGCCACCGCCGCCGGCGCCGCCGCCGCCGCCGGCGCCAUCGUCAACGCCAGCCCCAUCCCGCGGUCACGUCUCAGUUUCGACACGCACGGCCGGAACAGCGCCGCCGCACACAUGGGCACGCACGUGCACCAUUUGUACGGCACCGGCCAGCCGUACUCGGGGUACGGCAGCGCUGCCGGCCAGCAGCCGCCGGCGGGCGCAGGCGGCCGCACUGCCGCGGGCAUGGCGCCGGCCGCCUCACACGGCAGCGGCGGCAGCGGCGGCAGCGGCGGCGGCGGUGGCCAACAUGCCGCGCCGGCGCGCACGGCGUCUUGCGCCUCAUCCCUCGGCGUCGGCAUCGGCGGCGCCAGCCAUCUCGGCGGUUUUGAAAUGAGUGCCGCCGGCGCUGCCAGCCGUACGCCCGCUUCCCCGCGCCACCAGCAGCCCCGCGCGACACCCAUUCCGCCGCCGGGGCGUCCGGGGCCUGCGCACCCGCAGCCGCAGCCGCAGUCCCAGCCGCAGCCGCAUCAGCUGCACCAUGCAGGCAGCGCCGGCGCCGGCGGCGCCGCAGCCGCGCCAGGCGAGCGCGAGGCGGGGCAGCGCAGCGGCAGUAGCGGCAGUGGCGGCGCGGCGGCGGCGAUUGCGGCGGCCCUGGCGGCGCAGCCUGGCAUGGCUACCGCCGUCGUGGCAGAGCUGCUCGCGCGGCUGCAGGCGCAGGCGCAGGCGCAGCUGCCGCAGCUGUCGCCGCUUGCUGAGCAGCACGCGCCUGCGCCUGCACCCUCGUCGUCGGCGGCCCCUGCCACCAGCCCUCCCCAGCCGCACCGCCAAAUUCGUCAGCCUGCCAGCCACUCCCCCUUCGCGCUAUCGGCGGGUACGGCUGAGCCGGACGCUACAGCCGCCGCCGCCGCCGCCGCCGCCGCCGCUGCUGCCAUGGGCAGCCGGGCGGCGGCGGCGGCGGCCCUGUACCACCCUAGUGCCACGACGCCCACGCCAGUGGCGGGCGCGCGCCUGGCCUCCGCCCCAGCCGCCGCCGCCGCGGCCUCCACAGCGGCUGACGGCGUUGACGGGCCCUCAAGCUCUUCCGAGCUGCUGUCUGCCGGCGCCGCCGCCGCCGCCGCCGUGGCGCCAGGAACGCCGCCGCCGGUGGCGUCGCCGCUGGCGGCGGCGACGUCCGCGCCCGCGCCUGCCGCCAGCAGGCGGCAGGGCAGCCGCGGGCCGGCGGAGCCGCUGACGCCCACGCCCACCUCGAGCGCGCCACUGCCGUCGCUCUCCAAGCAGACGUCGGCGCUGUCGGCUGUGGCGUCUAUGUCGGCGUCCGUCUCGGCGGCGGUGUCGGCGGCGGCGGCGGCGGCGGCGGCGGGUGCGGCGGCGGGCUCGCGGCAGCAGUCGGGCGGGCCGCUGCCGGCGGAGCUGACGGCGGCUCCGUCGGCGCGCGAGCUGUCACUGCCCCCGUUGGUGCCGGCGCAGGCGCAGGCGCAGGCACGCGGCCCAGAGGCCGGCACCGCGGCUUGCGCCGCGGCCGCGGCUGCGGCUGCGGCGGCGGCUGCGCCGUGCGUGUUUGUGGAGGACGCGGCAUCCAGCGACGGCAAGUGGGAAGCUCCCGACAGUGCAGAUGGCGCAGCCUGUGGGGGAGCAGCCGUCACUGCCGGUGCCGGCCCCACCACCACUGGCACCGCCGACAGCAGCAGCAGCAGCAGUCGCGGGACAUCUGAAUCGCCACACAGCGCCGCCGCCGCCGGCGGCGUCACGGUCACCAUCGCCACGGUACCGCAGGCCUCGGCUGCUUGCAGCCCCCUGCUACAGCCGUCAAACAGCCUUUUCAACAGCCCGCAUGCUGCUGCUGCUGCUGGCGCUGCUGCUGCUGCCGGCGCUGUUGGUGCGCCUGGUGCUGCCGGUGCCGGGCUUACCCCUGGCGCGGCGGCGGCGGCUCCGGCGCGGCGGCCGCCGUCGGCUGGCUUCGGCUACCGCGGCGCCGCGGAGCGCGAUGCUGCUGCGGCGGCGCUAAUGGAGCUGUGUGCGGGCGUGCCCGGCGAGCUGCAGCGGCGUAGCGUCAGCGCCGGCGGCGGCUGCAUUGCCUCGGGUCCGGGCGGCCUUUCGGCGGGCGAGCGAGGCGUAGGGCCGCUGGCUGCGACCAAUUGGAGGGCGGUGGUGGGCGCGGCGGCGGCGGCGGCGGCGGCUGGCGGGUUGGAGUCGUACAGCGGUGUGGCGGAGGUUGAAUUCGCAGUGCUGGCGUCAAGUCACUCCGCGGGCCUGCCCGCAAUCAACCCUGCGUUCCUGGCGCUUCAGCAAGGGCAGCACCAGCAGCUUUUGCAGCAGCAGCAGCAGCAGCAGCAGCAGCAGCAGCAGCACCAGCAGAUGAUGGUGAUGAUGCAGCAGCACAUGCCAGGGUUGGGACUGGGGCUGAGCGGGAGCGGCGGCAGUGGCAGCGGACCGCGUCGGGGGCGAAGCGCCAACCCGCCCAUGCGGCGUGCUAGUGACCUGUUAGGAGUGCGCGGGAGGGAAUGCCCCACUAUCAAGGAGGAGCCGUCCUAGGCACUCCGCACUCUGCAAGGCAGGAAAACAACUUGGUGCCUGCUAGAGGCCCCUGUGGUUUCGGGUUACUGCAGCCAUUUGAUACGCGAUGAUCUUGUGUUGAUUACUAUUUUGUGCAUGAGCUUCAGAUUGUCUGUUUGCCACGGAUGAUGCAGAGAGCACGGGCAGCAGACAGCACUAAUAAAGGGUUAUGUAGCAUUACCAUAUCACUGCGUGUACGUGUGUGCUGCGGCGUGUGUUCUGGCAACAGUGCAUUUGAGUGGAGGACAAAGGAGCUGAGAGUGAAUUCGAGCAAUGUUGCAGGCCCCGCCGGACGCGUCAGCUAGCAUGCAUUCGCGUCUGCCGCUGCUGCUGGCGCAUGCAGGCGCACGGCCCACUCCGCAAAGGACUAGCUAGGCUUGUGUGAUUGCUUGGUCACAUGCCAAGGACUAGGAUUGCGCGACUAUAGCAUGCUGGCGGCGAUGGCACUGCAGCGCGCGAGAUGUCGCGAAGUCGUCCGAAGUCAUCUGCUUAUUAAGGAAGGAGUUGAUUUGUUAGUAAGCGCUGCGAGCUCAGGGGAUUCGCAAAGCUAGCUAGGGAAGGGAAGAACAAGGCGUUGGCUGUAGCGGCGGCAGCUUUUGAGGUGGCCCUUGCCCUUAGCAGCUUACGCAUUGCAAUGUGAACGUUGAGAUGCGUGAGUUUACCGCCAAGGACUGUGUUUUUGGCUUCCGUUAAGUUGAACGGGGCAGGAAACGCGCAUGCUGGCGAUUUUUGCCGCCGCUAAGUCGCUGCCUCUCAGUCGCUAUCGUAAGGAAAUGAAUUAGCAUGCAGCAGCGCGCCUCAGGUUGAUUGAUUUGCUUGGGGUUUAAUUCAAAGGCGGUGUGCGUAGGCUGUGAGCACGAUACAAGGGCGAGGGGAGCGAGGGUAUGCAGGCGCCAUUCCUGUCACCUAGCGAGGCCGCUCAGCCGCGGGAUUUUUGUGAGAGUGAGAGAGAUGGCGUGCUAACGAGGGCGUGCGGGGCGUGAUGGGCCUGGCAGUGAGGUGCGGUCUGUGGCUACCGGUAAUAAGCGGUUGCAAGUCCUCGGAAGCCGUAGCUGUGAGUUCGCGACCGGUCUUGUAGGCCGUGACGGCCUACCUGGCGUGCAUAUCUACGGUACCGGGCCGCGCGAAUGCCGUGUGAAGGUGGGAUGGCAGUGUGGGGCUGCUGGCUCGACGCAUGAGGGUGUGGAUAAGAGCCCGAAGCGAGCGAUGAGAGCGAGUCAGCGGCGGUUUUACAAUGCACGCAAUGACGUUUUAUUAUCGGCUGCGGUUGGCACUUGGCCAGCCCACCCACGGGACUUCGGCUUGCUUGCGUAAUCGUGCUGCCGCGCGUCUCGCACGAGCAUGUCGCGUUGCUGACGAGUGGUGUGUAGGGGGCGGCGGAUUUACUGGUUGGCCCCAAGAUGGAGGGGCCGGAGGCCCGGCCCGAGCGCGUUCACUCGUGUGCAGCGUGUGCAAAACUCGGAGGGGCAAGCGGCGGCAUGGGCACUGGGUACCCUAGGGCGAUGGCGGGAGCGGGCCCAGCCUCAUGUGGGUGCGGGCCCAACCGAUUCCGAGCGUCCGGGGAGGCAGGCACGCAGGCAGGUGUGUUGCACGCAAGAGUAAGCAGCAGGCAAAGGGGUUGACGCGUGCGACGCGCGUCGCUCGGAUGGAGCGGAGCUGUCCCACACACGCCGGCUGUUGGAGCCAGCGCCAAGGCGAGGCGGCUGGGUACAGGGCCUGGGUGCAGAGGCAUGAUUGUGGGAACGGAGGCAGUACUUCUUCCGUUGAUUUCCAUGCGAGGGGAACCGCACAUCUUGUUGUUGAUUGAAAAGGCGCAGCCGAUCCCAGUGCUGCCAGGGCAAGUCUCACCGGCAAGGGAGGAAGGAGCCUUGAUGCCCCGCGAGCACAUGGCUGAUGGUUUUGGUGAAGGCAAGGGUUGGCGGUGGUUUCACGAGCCAUGGAAAGUGGAGGGGGUGGGUAAAAGCUGCAUGGGCGCUGUCCAGCAGGGGCUACGACGGUUUACGCCUGCGCGUGGAUUGGCGCGCAAUGGAUUCACGUUUGCCUGGCAUUCAUGAGAGUGCAGGGUGCAGUCAAGCAUCCUGUAGCUUGUAUGUGUAUGUAUGGAAGUGUCAGUUGGGUGCGUACGAUUAUUGCGGUUUUGAUGCGUCCGCCGGCAGUGUCAUCGAAAACUCCAAAAGAUCCUGAAGAUGACCGGCCGUGUGCUUGUUCGCGACCACCUCCCAAUCAAUGAUACAAGCAAACCAAAAUGACGUUCAUUGUAUCGCGGGGCACUUUCUGUUUUGUUUCUGCGUUUGCGUGUUUUUAGCGUGUUUUGAGCGUGGUUUUGAACGUGCCUUUGUCCUGGAUUGUUCAAGAUGACGAAGUUAGGACCCGUCUUGUCGUUGUGUUGUUGCAUUCGGGCGCCUGUAAGAGCUGAGUAGGCUUUGCUUUGGCUGACGUGUUGAGCUUGGGAAUGUAAACUCCGUGCAGA